AUGACGGUCAGGCCGCAGCUGUCCCUCGAGCCUGUACACUCAUCCGACAUUCCCACCGUGGCAGACCUCGAUGUUGCUGCCUUUGAGACCGAUAUCGUAGCGGUCCACAUAAACCCAAGAGGCACCACCACCCAAGCCCGUCUCGCCAACGUCAAAUACCGCCACGGGCAGAUGCUUGCUGACUCUGAAAAACGCGGCUUGAAGUUCUUCAAGGUUGUGCGUCAGGAUACCGGGGAAAUCGCAGCCUACGGGAUUUGGGGUUAUCACGCGCCGCAGAAGGACCCUAACGAGCCGGCAGACGACUGCGAUGAAGAGUUUCUGGCUGCCUUCGAGAAAGCGCUAGGGACGACGCAACAGCAAUUUGUUGGUGAUCGGCCCCAUUGGUAUCUCAAGUUGAUCUGCACUCAUCCCAAACAUCAGGGUCUUGGGGCAGCUUCGCCGAUCAUUCGCUGGGGUCUGAAGCAGGCUGAUGAGCAGGGGCUGCCGGCGUAUCUGGAGGCCUCGCCUAUGGCCCAACCUAUUUACGAGAAGUUUGGAUUCAGAGUCGUUGGACAAGCUGUGGUCAAUGACGCCGUUUCGGUUCCGGUUAUGGUGCGGGAACCACAACCUUCAAAGUCGCCAUAAGCAAGCGAUCGCGAGCGCGAGCAGAGUGAGUUCCUUGCGCUCCAUCACUCGCGCGGCCUUGGUUCGGUCUGGGAGCCCGAGGGCAAGCGAAGCGGCGAGCGAAGCAAGUCCCUUGCGCCAAAAGCGCAGUCCCUCUAACCACGGCCGUUAGCGAGCCUCGCCGAACGUUGGAUCUUUUGCGAGCGAAGCGAGCUACGCUCCGCCCACCGCAGCCCAGCCUCCUUGUAGCGAGGGAGCGAGCAGGGUAGCGUUCAACCGUCCGCUCAACCGUCCGCCCAACCGUCCGCUCAACCAACCAACCGACGCUUCGCUCACCCAUCUCUCUAGCGGCGUAUAUACAUAGACCCUUUCCCCAUGUGUCAUGUUGAUAGUACCUAUGCUGAGGUCGCCGAUGCCGAUCAUGGUCGCCAACAUGAAUGCAGU